UCGCUCGUCUCGUCCUUGCAACUCCAGCGCCGGCAUCUUUUUCCUCGCGCCAACCCCCGCCACCCUCCUCUCCCCCUACGAAAUCUAGGAUCCAAUGAGCAACCUCGACUGACGCCCGCUUCGCCGGAUUAAAUGGCGACGCCGGCGAGCCUCCACCCCGCCACGCCGCCGGCGAUAUCAGGUGCCCUGGCGGUGGUGGCGUGCGCCGUCAUGGCGGUAUCCUACGUCGCUGUCCUCUAUGCCCCGACGGUCAUCCUUCGCUUCCCGCCCCCGACCUCGCUCCGCACCUUCCUGCACCGCCGCUUCGCCUGCGCCGCCGUCGCAUCCGCCGCCUCCGCCCUUGCCACCGCGUCCCUCCUCCGAGUCUGGAGCCUCAGCGACUUCGCUGAUAUGCUUGCUGUGUUCGGCGUUAGGAAGGAUCACUUGUUUCAGGCCGUGGUGAUUCCACUUUUACUUACAUCCCUGGUGUAUGCUGGGUCUUUCGUUACUAGAUUGUGGUUCCUAGCGAGCUCAUGGGGCAGUGGCGAUGAGGUGGAGAUAGGCUGCGCCCAGAGGCUUGCACAAUGGAUCCAAGCUGCUGUUGCGGAUGUUAUGGUUUGGCGGAACUAUGUAGUGGCGCCAUUUACUGAGGAGCUGGUUUUCAGGGCAUGCAUGAUACCUCUUCUUCUGUGCGGGGGAUUCAAAAUGUCUACAAUUAUAUUUCUGAGUCCAGUCUUCUUCAGUCUAGCACACUUAAACCAUUUAUUUGAACUACACCAGCAGGGAUGCAAUUUUAUGAGAUCGCUACUGAUUGUAGGUGUCCAGCUGGGCUACACCGUAAUCUUUGGGUGGUAUGCAGCAUUUUUGUUCAUUCGAACAGGUAAUCUGUUAUGCCCAAUUGUUGCUCACGUCUUCUGUAAUAUGAUGGGUUUGCCUGUUUUCUCGUCACCACGAACAAAAGGAGCAGCAUCGGUAGCAUUUAUGGCUGGAUUGAUAUCCUUCUUUUGGCUGCUUUUUCCUGCAACAAGUCCUGAACUGUACAACAGUAGUUUUGAUCGCUGCAAUUGCUGGCAUGGCUUUUGCAAUUGGAAAUAACAUAGAACUAGAUUGGAGGGCAGUGGAUCCUAACUUGAAGCUACUAACAAGUGAGAUCCCUAGGUCUUAGCUGCCGCUGCCAUCAGAUUUUUCAUUUGCAGGAACUCCAUAUGAAUGUUGUAAAACAUUUUGCAGAUAUUUUUUCCCUUGUUUUAGAUUAAGACUUAAGAGGCUAAACUUGCAAAAAAAAAACAAUGUACUUUGCCACUUCUUAAAUACGUACUGAUCAAGAAAUCGAUAUCAAUCCCUUCUCAAAGUGAAA